CACUCCUUCCCUCCUCCCCUGAAAUGAGUGGGGACAGUAAAAGACUAGUACAGCUCUACCAUUGCUGCUAUGCUCAAGUCUUGUCGGAGAGGAAAGAAGGCAAGGUGGCUGGGAAGCAUAAAUAUCAUCCAGAGUAUUUCCUCUGUGAAAGUUGCAGCAUGUACAUCGGGGAUGGAGAUUCAUUCACUCUAGUGGAUUAUACUAAUUUAUACUGAUUGGUUUCAGAAACUAACACAAGAACCAUUUCUUAUCAAAUGUACUCUUGAAUGAUUAUUAUAGAUCUGCAAUUUUGUCUGGUUUGUCUCUUUUAACUGAUUUUCGUAUUACUCGGGUUCUUCUCAUGUAGUAGACCAGAAGGUUUCAAUGCAGCAUUCGGGAGAGAAAUGUUCAACGCUGCCCCAUACGGUGACGUUAAUGUCAUUUCCACCCUCUGCAGAAAGCAGACAAGGUUUAUCCUUCACUGUGGAACAGAAAAAUCACACGGGCCCUGUGAUCAGAUUGGCCCAGUGAGACCCACUUUCUAGACAAAAAAAAAAAAAAAAAAAAAAAUCACAAUGCAACAAAUAUAGAGCCCAUUCAACAUUACAUUAAAUGAAUCUUGAUUUUUUUAUUUUUUUUUCUGCAUCUGUGAAACAGCCUGGACUGGAAAAAACUUGAGUCCUGAAGUUAAGCCUUUGAUCCAUGUUGGAGACAGGAUUGUUGAUAUCAAUGGAAUCUCUGCUCAGAACAUUCCGCUCGAUGAGGUAGAUCCUGUACCAUGAUCUCAGAUAUAAUACAGUAGGGGUGUAACGAUUCACUCAUCUCAUAAUUUGGUUCAGUUCACGAUACUGAACUAGCAGUUUGGUUCAUGAUUCUUUUUUUUGGGGGGGGGGAUUUUUCCCCUUUUCUCCCCAAUUCAGCAUGCCCAAUUCCCAAUGGGGGGAAGUCCUUGUGGUGGCAUAGUGACUCGCCUCAAUACGGGUGUUGGAGGAUGAAUCUCAGUUGCCUCCACGUCUGAGACAGUCAAUCCGUGCAUCUUAUCACGUGGCUUGUUGAGCACAUUACUGCAGAGAUCUAGUGCAUGUGGAGGCUCACGCUAUUCUCCGCAGUAUCCACACACAACUCACCAGGCACCCCACCAAGAGUGAGAACCACACAUUAUACCAUGUGUGCCAUGCACACAAGUUCUGUGCAUGGCAAGUUUUCGUGGUAAAUCCAAAGAGACAAACUUUAAUACUUCACUUAACACAGUGACAUCUUCUCGAGUUUACCUAGUUACAGUGGUGUUACCUAGUUCUACUAAUGCUGAUGACGUAAUCGGACCGCGGUUCGUACCCAAAAAAUAUGAUGUGAACAGAGACCAGGGGUUUCUAAGACUCACUAUUAAACGAACUGGGGUUUGGUUCAAGCAAAUGAACCAAGUGUGAAAGCACCCUAAAAAUCAGCCCAGAAGAGUGCAAUGGUGACACCAAAUGAAGAUAUUAGCUAAUAAUUCUGCUGAUUGAAAAUACAUAAUUACAGUAUGUUAGAUACAUUAUGCUGCUUACACACUGUCACUGAUUACAUACAUUUAAAAUAUUUUAAAAGUGUAUUUUUCUAAAAUAAUAUUGUCUCUGAUUACAUCUAAAUAUUCUUUUCAAAAAUACAUAUUUAAUGGAAGUGCAUGCUUAUCCAGAUAAAUAAUAUUAAUUUACUGCUUAUAUCAAAUCAGACAUGACAUUUGACAAUAGGAUUAUAUUCCCCCAUAGCAUUAUUAUCCACAAUAUUCGGCAUUAUAUACAGAAGAUUAAUAUGGCACUAUCAUUAAACCUCUGUAAACUUUCAUUUCCUCACGUGCAGUCAGAGCAGAUUCACUCUCGCGCUUCAAAAGGACAUUAGAUCCCUCGCGCUGUAAAGGCACGUCUCUCUGCCUCUCCUGGUGCUGUAUUAUUUUCACUUUUCAAUUUCAGUCAUUGCAGGCAGGAAAUGUACCCUGUGAAAUAUUCUCUGAGUAAAAAGUGACAAUCCCCGGUCAUCCUCAUGCUACACCUGUCACUGAAUUUCAGCCCAAAGCUCUGCAGCUGAGGGAAUAUCAUGUCAUUGGGUUGUUUUGUAUUCAUUUAAUUUAUGCAUUCGGAACAUUUAACGAUACACAGCACAAUAACGGCUUUUUAGUUCAUUCACCAAAACAGUUCCUUCAGCGAAUAUUAAAUAGACAUUUACUACUCUAUUUCGGACAUUUUACAGUCGAUAAACUCGUGUCGUGUUUAUUUCAACUGUAUUUUAGCAGAGCCAGUUGUUUGAGCGGAGUUCAUCGUUUAUUUACGUUUUGGGGAGAAGCAGCUAGCGCUUAACGUCAGAGCCUAUGGAUAAAUGCUGUGAGUAUUUACCACCAAUGAUUAUAGUUAAAUAGUUUUAGUUAUACGUUUAUAUAAACAGCAAAAGAGUCUAAACCUUUUAUAUUUCUUCACUGCAAAUACAUACAAACUGGCUUUAAACUAGCAAAAGUAUGAGGUCGAACAAAGUUCAGCUAUUUUGUUCUUGUUUUAACUAGUUUUACAUUUUGUUAAUGUUACAUAAUGUUACACAAAAGCUGACUUGACUUUAAAACAUCCACGUGUUCUAGUUAUAAUCAUACAAACCGCUGAUGUUUUUGAGGGAAACGUCAAUUUUCUUAAAGGUGCACUCAGUAUUUAUUUAUUUCUCUCAUUAAAAAAGCUUUACUACUAAAGAAAUUAAUUGUGAUUUUAUGAAUAAAAUCAUAAACACAUGAGAUGAAGACUCCAGUCAUAUCAGUAACCUUAUAAAAGCUGUUUUAUUCUACAUGGAGAGGGUCCCUUCAAGGGGCUGCCAUGUUGGAAUCAUAUGACCAGCCGAAGAGCUCCAGAGACUAUUUAGUAGAGAUUAAGUGCAACUUCUAUUAAAGUGAAUGGGAGAAACUGGAACACCCAAUGAUCAACGGAUAUAGAAAAGAAUGUAAAAUAUAAAUGUAAAAUGUAAAAAAAUUUAAAAGAAAUUAAAUGUAAAAAGUUACCUUUUUGAUAUAGACAUCGCCUGUCAAUCAACUCGAAAACGCACAUGCGCAUUAGCUAUACAAGCCAGCAAAAUUGCUGUUUUUUUUUUUUGUUUUUGUUUUUUGCACGAUCUGAGGUACAUACUUAAGCAUAAUUUAUGAUACCAGUGUUGUCGGAUUUUACUGUUGAUUUGAAAUAUGUUCUUUGAUCAUAACCUUGACCAACCAUUUUGGAGAUUUCAGUCUUUCCCCAUUCAAGUAGAUAGGAGCUGUACUUGUAUGCCACUUUUUACUUUGAAAAUAGCUGCCCAGGAGUACUCUGAAGAUGGCCACCAAGUGGACUGACUGGGUAAAAAGAUUUUGAUACCACUCACUUAAUCUUAGUAACCGCCCUGUUGUUUGACACUCUCACUUAUGAAUUAAAUUAAUCAUGGCUGACUGUGAAAAGUAAAUUUCUACAAUGGCAUCAGAAACUAAAAAUUCUUAAAAAUUGAUUUUGAAUGAUGCUGCAUCCACACCGCUAGGUGUCAGUGUAAAAAAGUUACUGAGUGCAACUUUAAAUCAAAUAAAGUAAAUUGCCAAUGUAAGAGGUAUAGUGAUUACUGUGUGCUGUAGACAGGUAAUGUGGUGAAGUGUAUGACUUUUUAAAAUGAAUUAACUUUUUGUCUAUAUCCCGUGCAUCAUCAUCUCUGCACGAAAAUCUGCUGUAGGUGGUGAGGUAGGUCAGAAAUUAUAUAUUGAGACAUAAUUUAGUCAAAUUUAACAACAGUCAUUUCAUCAUUCUUUGCCAUAAUCAAUUUGCCUUUUCGCUAGUUUUCCAGCAUUGACUUGGAAAACUGUGGAAUGGAGAGUCUCCUCAAGGAUCUUCAUCCUGACAUUCUUUUUCCUGAAAGCCCUAAAGCAGAGAAUGAAGAGGAAAACAUACAUUCCUCUGACUCAUUCUGCUGUUCCUCAGCUCUGCCUGAGUACAGGACGAAUCCCACUGGUGAUAAAUAUUUACCUCUGAGACCCAAGAGCCCAUGGGGCCGCUUUGACCUCUAUGACUCCCCAGCGGACCAAGAGAAGGAAUAUGUUGGCAUUGCUACACUGCCAAACCAAGUCCAACGGAGUUCAGUGAAAAAGGGAUUUGAGUUCAAUCUGAUGGUUGCUGGUGAGUCUGGCUUAGGAAAAUCCACUCUUGUUAACAGCCUUUUCCUUACUAACCUCUAUAUGGACAGACACCUGUAUGAUGUUUCAGAGAAUAUAGCAAAGACUGUGUCAAUAACAAAGACCUCUGUAGAUUUUGUUGAAAAGGGAGUAAAGCUAAGACUCACUAUUGUCGACACCCCUGGUUUUGGAGAUGCCCUGAACAAUGAUAAAAGUUGGCAGGCUGCAUUAGAUUAUGUGGAUCAGCAGUUGGACCAGUACCGCAGAGAUGAGAUCGGACUAACCCGAAAGAACAUGAGAGACAAUAGGGUGCACUGCUGCCUGUACUUCAUCUCACCUCAUGGCCAUGGUCUCAGACCAAUUGAUGUGGAGUUUAUGAAAGCUCUGCACCAGAAGGUUAACAUUGUGCCAGUGCUGGCCAAAGCAGACAGUUUCACCCCCACAGAGAUCAGCAAAAUGAAAACCAAGAUUAUGACUGAGAUCAACAAAAACAAAAUCCAGAUCUUUCAGUUUCCAGAGUGUGGUCCGGAGGAAGAGGAGCUCCUCAGGAAGCAGGACCAAGAGUUAAAGAGACGUAUACCCUUUGCUGUUAUUGGGAGUAAUACAGUAGUAGAGAGCGAUGGCAGAAGAGUUCGAGCCCGUGUCUACCCAUGGGGUGUUGUAGAAGUUGAGAAUCCAUUUCACAGCGAUUUUGUACAUCUAAGGAAUAUGCUGGUCCGCACACACUUGCAGGACCUGAAAGACAUGACCCAUUACACACUGUAUGAGAACUAUCGUAUACAUUUCCUGUGCAAGAACCCAUGCAUGUUGCGGCAAAUGCAGGAAGUACUACAGAGGAUUCAAGAACAGAUACGUCACGGACAUUAAGUGUUACAGUUCUAAAACGUAUCUAUUGAUUAAAAUAUGGUUCAGAUGGAAAUAUGAGUAGAGAUGUCUCAGGUUUAAUGUGCAAGUAACAGCAAUGAAUAAUACAUUAACUGUAAA